AACUUUGAUAGGAGGGUUGCUAUUAGCUGCAUUCUGCAUGAUUUGUUUGCUCAUUUGUGACUUCAAGACCUUAAUGUUAUUUUUUUGUUUUAUUUGGUCAAAGCCUCAAAUUUCUGCUGAUUUAAAGGUUGCAUUUUUCUUUUGCCUUUCAAUUUCAGUGUGAAACUGUUGUGAUGUUUUGAAUACUUUCUUGACAUAAUUUAAAAAGAUUUUUUCUUAAAUUGUACUAUUGGCAUUUGUUUGUUAAAGGACAAACAUUAAGGUCAUUUUAUGCUUUCGCUUUCUCAUUAAAGAACCUUGUCUUGCAUAUAGACUCUGGCUUUUGAUGCUUUUCAAUGCUCUUCGAUAAUUAACCUCAGUUACUUUGAUCUUUAUGUUAGUUUAACAGUAUAUCUGCACAGAAGCUCAGUUUUAAGUUGAUUCAGACUAAUAUUAACCCUUCAUUUUACUCUAAAUCCUCUGGUGGCAGUGAAGCUCAGUGAUGUUUUGUUGCUACAGUAACAGCACGCGGAGCUCGAAUUUGCUUUACUCAAAACCCGCAGGUAUGAAAAGGGCAUCAGAUUAUACACCGGAUAACCUUCCACACAAACUACGGGUGACACAACAGUUUAAGUUUCCUCUCAUUCAAACCUUCUAAAAAAAAAAUUCUGCUGAGACAGCGAGGUAUAGGUUAUAUUGACAGUGUUUAAACACUAAACCAAUUCAUAGGAAGAUAUUGAAACAUAUCUAAAGUAUGUAGUUGUAGUCCAGACGGUGUGAUGUUAAUAUCAAGACUGAAAUCUUUAUUCAUCUUAAUGAUACAAUAAACUAAACCGCUUGUGUGAGCGAGGGAGAGAGAGAGAGAGACCUUGAAGAUUGAAAUGUAUAUACGAUUAGUUUAUGACAAGUUUCGUAUAACAGUCUAUCAACAGAGCCAUAUUCAGAGUCAAUGUAUGCCAGAGGAUAGCAUACAAAGGUUAUUUAAUAGAUGACUCGUUUUACAAUGUGCAGUAAUGCUGAGCACGCUCGACUCAUAGAUAAAUAACCCCGAUGACCUGCACGAAACUAACUAGCUAACCAAUCAAAGAGACAGUGAGAUUGAAGCACCCGGAUCCCUUCGGUCUUAAACUCUGUGUUUCUGAGUAAAACAAACUCGUGUUCAUGUGAAGGAGGAUCUGAUGAGGGUCUGAUAUGCUGAAUGCAUGGAAAGUGCUCAGUCAUGAUCGGUAACGCGAGAGUAGGUGAUGAAGUUUGUACGUGACAAAGCGCGCAGAUAAACACACCUGCUGCGGUAUCACCUGACACCCAUUCUUUUCCAUCAUCAGCAUCAUAAUCAACAUCCUCGCUGUUUGUACGCGCGACCAUGGGACGCUACAGCGGAAAAACAUGUCGCCUGAUUUUUAUGCUCGUCAUCACCGUGGUCUUCUUCGUGGCAGAGAUUGUGGCGGGAUACGUUGGCAACUCCAUCGCGCUGGUAUCGGACUCUUUUAACAUGCUGUCGGACAUUCUGUCACUGUGCGUCGGGCUGACGGCGACGCGGGUGGCGCGUCGCGCCGGCUCUGGUCGCAGCACGUACGGGCUCGGGCGGGCGGAGGUGGUCGGCGCGUUGGCAAACGCGGUGUUCUUGGCCGCGCUCUGUUUUUCCAUCUCAAUGGAGGCGUUGAAGAGGCUCGCGCGCCCCGAGGCCAUCGAUGACCCGUUGCUGGUGCUGAUCGUGGGCUCGUUGGGUCUAGCGGUGAAUCUGGUGGGUCUGGUGAUCUUCCAGGACUGCCGCUGGCUGUGCGCAAAGCGAGAGAAAGACGCGCCGGAGAAGAAAAGCCCGGAUGCAGAGGAAGCAGGCAGCCUGGCUGACCAAACCCCUUCUAAUGAUGAGGAGAAGUCUGGGAACGACGGACCUCCUCUUAACAUAAGAGGUGUCUUGCUUCACGUGUUAAACGAUGCCCUGGGGUCAGUCGUGGUGGUUGUGGCUUCAGCUUUGUUCUAUGUGAGGCCCCUGGGGCCCGAUACCCCGUGUAACUGGCAGUGUUACGUGGAUCCGAGUCUAACGCUCAUUAUGGUGGCCAUCAUUAUGUCAUCAGCCGUUCCACUGGUUAAAGAAACCACAGAAAUUCUGCUUCAGAUGUGCCCGGCAGACCUGCCUCUGACCGCUGUCUUGCAGAACAUUUGCAAAAUCACCAGAGUUGUGAGUAUUCACGAUGUCCAUGUGUGGGAGUUGACCAAAGGACGUAAUGUGGCUACCCUGCAUGUAAAAGUCUCUACUGACCACCACGAUCCGUCCUGGGGAACAAACGGUAUAUUGAAACUUCACACAGAGAUUCUCGAAAUCUUCCAUCGUGCUGGAGUUCACAGUGUGACCGUUCAGUUUGAGCCCAUUGAAGGAGAGCAGGACGGAGGGCAUUGCAGCGCCCCCUGUCUGUCCCCAGCCUGCAUGAAACUUUCCUGCUGUCCUGCCGGAGCCUCCUCUGUGUCUGUUUUUCAUGGAAGGCCAUCCUCACCCUCUGGGGAUGAAGUUGUUGACAUGCUAGACGGUAGCAACGCCCUGUUGAGAGAGAAAGAGAGCAAACAUAUACCAGUCACAUGCUCUGAGAGCACUAAAUUUUAGCCCUAAAGUUUUGUUUCCUUAGCACCAUUACACUGGAUUCUUACCCCCUUACUGAAUCCUGAUUGGUUCUGAGAAACAGACCUAUAAUGUUUCAUAGAACAAAAGAGAUUAAAUUCUGUAUUUAUUAACUGAGACACUUUGUCUGAUGUACUUCGGACUUAAAAUCUCAUGGGUGACUCUCACCACUCUUUAACCUCCCUGAGAUUGAUUCUCAAUUAUGACUCUAGGUCAUUUUUCUUAGCUAGUACUCUACAACAAAGGCUAAUAGUUUGAAUGCGAUAUUCAAAAGGGUGUAAAAUUUGUCAACAGCACGUCUGGGUCAUAAAGCCAUAUUGUAAAUAUUGAAUUAUGAUUUGCUUAUGUAAAAUGAAGUCUUUUAUUAGAGUUAUUAAAACCUAUAUUUUUAAACUGUGACAAGCAUAUUGCCUAUUGAAAUUUGAAAAAAUAUUUUUUCAUAGAAAGUAUAUUUUUUCCUUUUAUUUUAAAAUGGAAUGUGGGACCCGGGCAUGAUUAUGUAAGAUUCAGCUUAUGCAGUGUUUUCAUGUUUAUAAUGAUUUUUCUUUCUUUUCUAUCAAACUUGAUCAUUUACUGAUGAUUCAAGGAACAAUUUAUGGAUAACUUAAUGAAUUCAACAUAUUUUGUAAAAACUAUUAGAACAAGCUGGUUAAGUCUCAUAACAGCCUCUAUGAAUGAGACAAAUUGAUAUCAAGGGCCGUUUCUCAAUCCAAAGGCUGCAGCCUCCAGAGGUCACGGUGGUUGGAUAUGUCAUCAAGAUUGGUUUAUUUAAUUUAACUGAGCAUUACUUUCACGAGUCAUAUAUAUUACAACAAUUUACGAUUAUCUAAGAAUAACAGUCAACUUUAUAACUGAUGAUGUAUGCAGCCAGUGCCGCUGCUAGCCAUUUUGGUGCCCUAAGCAUAAUUCCUUUAUAAUGCCCCCCACCCCGACCCUGAGAAAAAAAAAACUUUUGUUUUGCCAGUUUAAUAUUUUAUUACCAAACAUAUAACUUAAUAGCAGAAAGUAAAAUCUUCACAGCUUUAGCCAACACACACUACACAUUUGAAAGUGCAAACUUUUAUAGAAUAGCAAAAUAGAAAAAAAUUACCAAACUUAAAUUAUUAAAAUAAUCCAUUAUUGUAAAUUACUUUAAAUAAAUUACAUUAAAUAAACAUCAAUAAGUAAUCAAGAACACUCAAUAUUCUAAAAAAAAGAUUCAGAGAACUAAGUGUCACAGUAAUGUUUGCUUCAUAUCAUAUAUCACAACGUUUUAUAUUUAUAUAUAUUUAAGAGUCAUGAAUUGUAAGCCUACCAUGUGCAAUGACUGCUAACGUUAACUUUUACUGAGAAAGUAUUAACCACCGUCACGUCAAAAUAAACCACAAAAUAAACUACUGCUCAAUAUCUAAAGAAACGUAGUAAAGAAAGUAACAGCUGCGUCAGUUAUUUGUAAAAUGCAUAUGCAUAGGUAAUGUUUUACAGUAAAAUCUCAAUUUAGCUUGCACUGAAGUUAUAAAUUAUAACAACAUAACGUUAGUUUGCUAAACAUUAUUGUCAGCACAUCAAGUUCAAGGCGCAUUACGAUUAGCAGCAGCUGCAGCCCAUGCACAUUUCCCUUAUUUAGGAAUGAUUAAACAUGAUGGACUUACCUGCAAGUGAUGCACAGGAAUCAUCCCGCAGUUUCUUAUUUUUUCUUUUUCCGAUCCUGACUCCUGCUGUCUUAUCGGGGACGUUUCGCAUCCAAAAGUUAAAAAAUGUGUCCUUCAGAGGAUGCAGCCUUUGGAGUGAGAAAGGUCUAAGAUAUGAUAAAAUUUGAUAAAGCCCAAAAAUUUAAAUACUAGAAUUGUCAAAAAUCGAAGGGGCUUGGGUUUGACAUGUUUGGAACUUAUAAAAAAAUGUACUGUGGUCAAUCAUUAAAUGAUGGGUCAUAGUCAUUUUGGCAGUUAUCUGUCAGAAAAAAGUUUCUACUGAAGGUUUUUGUAAUAUAAGAAUCAACCCUGACAGAAAAAGACGUUUUCUCAUACAAAGAGAAUUAUCGGUUGCAAACAUCAUCUUCUAAGAUGGGCAACAAAACACUUCAGUAAUUGAAGUUCAGUUUUAAUGUCCCUUUUAAAAUGUAGACAGUACAUCAAAUUUGAAACAUAGUCUCAGUGUAUGUCUUCAACAAAUCAAAUAAUGUUUGUAUGUGUGCAGGUGUUUGUGUGAGCUGUUAUGUGCUGCUUUUUAGAAAAAUAUAAA